AUGGCUUACGACCCGUCGCGACGCGAGGAUAUCGGCCGCCUGGAGGGUCAGAUCAGUUGCCAGUCUCUUCAGCUCAGGGACAUCGUCGACAACAUCUACCUGCGCGGCCAGAGCCACGCGAGGCCUCCCUCGGCUAUCCCGAGCAGUCCUCCGGGAUUCGCGGUGCAUCAGUCGGUGUCUGGAGGCAAGGGUGGCGGUGGCCGAAGGGUCUCGGCCGCACCUCAGAUGGGCAAGGACUUCUCCGUGAACGCCAAGGUGACGACCGGUUGGUUGGUACGCAAGGGCUUGACAAGCCAGUUCCUGACGGUCCAGGUGCCCGUCUCGAUGGCGUCGCAGUUCAUGGCCACGCAGAAGCUGGACGUUGGCGAGCUCAGCGCUCACCAGUCAGUGUCCUCGGUGAACACCGACGAUGGCCCCAAGAUUCCCACGACGAGUCACAUAUCUCGGAGGCUCAAGCCUCGGCCGCCUCCCAAGCCGAAGGCGGAGGAACCGGAGCCCGCGCAUCCGCGGCCAUACGAGGACGACCCCAUUUGGGAGAUGUGGGAGAGUAACACGCUGCGCUUGACCCAACUGCGGAAGAUGCUGUUCCAGGAACUGCGCUCAUUCUCCGAGUAUACCAAGAUCGACGAGCCGACGCUGAUGGCGGCCGCCGGCGUGGUCGGGAGCGGCGUGCCUCUGACUGAGGUAUCGGCGGCGGACGCGUUCGCCACUAAGGUGGCGGCCAUCAACAUCAUCGGUGGGUUAUGCAACCGGGAGAAUGUGAGCAACGCGCUGCACAACCUGGCGCCCUUCCAGCAGCUUUACGCGCCGCGGCCUCAGCUGAAGGAACGGUCGUCGACGGAUCAUCUAUCGUCGGAACCGGUCCUCGAACACACAGACCUGAGCAUUUACUUCAACACGCUGGCCUCCCAGAUGGAGGCGCUGACGCAGGCACUUAAGCCUAACCCCUUCCCGCCGCACACCGGAGCUCCCAUGGCGAAUAGGCUGAUCCCUCUCGAGGAAAAUGUCGGCCGGCUCGCGCACAAUCUCGCAGAUGUCUCGCGGGCCAUCGCGAGACCCGUUGACCCACUCGAUGUCCUGAUGUCGUCCAGGGCGGGAAGCCCGGCUGGCCAGCCGAUUCAAGUCCGUGCCGAGGCACAGGUAGACAACGGCGAAGGUGUCAGCAUGGCGAACCGGGCCAACGUGAGCUUCCAGAUCGACAGGUCUUCGUCGCAGCCGUCCUCCUCUUACCCGUCGUCUGGGGCUGCCGGCGGCGGCAAGGGCGCAGGAGGACUCGUGCAGUCCGACACCAUGGCGUCUCUCGUGGCGAGCGUCAACCAGCUGUCGAAUCACAUGACCCAGGUGCAGGACCUCUUUCGGCGCGCCUUGGGCGCCAGACCGGUGCCGAAGAGGAGAGAAGGCCUGUCCGUCUCCGAGGAAGAGGACCUGCGUUACUGCGUCUCAAAACUCACGGAUAACAUGUCGAAGAUGUCUCGCGACCUCAAGGAGACCCUUAAAGAGCACACCACAGUUCCCAAAGAUUUGGAUGAAGACACGGAAGAUUGCUGA